AUGGAGAUUUUGGUAAUCACCCCCAACUGGACGGUGCCGUAUAUUGCAUAUCUGCUCAGGCAGGAGCUUCCAGAGGAUGAAGUUGAAGCACGUCAGAUCGUCCGCAGGUCCAAGGCCUUCACGGUAAUCGGUGGACAACUCUACCGAGAAAGUGUUACCGACGUAGCUCAGCGAUGUAUCUCUCUAGAAGAAGGUCGACUGAUCUUGAAUGAGAUUCACUCGGGGACCUGUGGUCACCAUGCGUCCUCCCAGACCAUCGUGACCAAAGCAUACCGAGCAGGAUUCUUCUGUCCACGGGCCAAUGAAGCAGCAAAAGAGAUCGUUGAGAAGUGUGAAGGUUGCCAGUUUUACUCGAACAUGUCUCACAAGCCCGCAUCUGCUUUGAGGACUAUUCCACUCGUCUGGCCAUUUGCUGUGUGGGGGUUGGACAUGAUUGUAUUGCUAAGGACCGGCAGAAGUGGCUUCACUCAUUUUCUCGUGGAAGUCGACAAGUUCACCAAGUGGAUAGAGGCCAAGCCCAUCAAGAACCUAGACUCAAGCACAUCCAUCAGCUUCAUCAGAGAGUUGAUAUUCUGA